AUGUGGCAAACAUGGGCUGUGCCACGGACGAUCAGGAGCAUCAACAAAGAGGUGGCAGCAUGGAAUUCGGCUAUGUCGCUAUUGGCAAAAACUUCGCAGUGGCAAGGAGCGCUGGCACUGUUUGAGCGGCAUCAGUGCAGAGAUGGCGUCAGCUGUAACGUGGCCAUCAGUGCAUGCAGCUCGGGAACUCAUUGGCAAGGCGCCCUCUCGCUGCUGCGCGUUCGGGAUUUGCGAGCUGACUUGAUCGGAUUCAGCUCUGCCAUUACUGCCUGCACUAAAGCAAGACAACUUGAGCGUGCACUCAGCCUGUUCCAGCAGACCCAGCAGCUGCGCUUGGGUACAGAUGUUGUGUUGCUUGGGUCGCUCUUGAGCACCUGCGAGCGCAUGGAGAAGUGGCGCUUCGCUUUGCACCUGGUAAAUUGCCAUUCCAGGCAGCUCAGCCUGGUGUGCUACAACUCUGCCAUGGCCACCUUUGAGAAGACCUCUCGAUGGAAUUUGGCGUUGCGACUUCUACAGGUGCUGCAGCAGCGGCAGCUUGUAGAUGCGUUGACGUUCAAUUCAGCUGCAGAGGCCUGCCGGCGCAAAUCUGCUUGGAGGGGGGCUUUGCGGCUUCUGUUGCAGAUGGCGGAUUUCGGAUUGAUGGCCAGCUGUAGGCUGCAAGCCAUUCAGAUGGAUGCUGCAUCCUCCGCUCAAGCAUGGGCUGCGCUCGGCUGCGGCAUGGCCAGCUUGGCCAGUCUCGGAUCCCAGCUGCCUUCACGUCCACCCGGAGUUCAGCCAGGCCAAGACCCAGAUGAAGGCAAGUUACAUCGACUGUCUGAUGCAGCCUGCCGACUGGACGCAGCUGGCUGCUUCCCAAGCGGCUUGGAACGCCUCCUUUGCCGCACCUUGCUGCAGCCGGCGGUUUCCCAGGCGCGUGGCCAGGCGUUUGGUUCGACAGGCCAGCUGAGCCUGGCAGGCCUUGGCGGCCGGGAACGGAACGCCCUUGAGAGUCUGGCAGUCAGGCCCGGUGUCAUUCACUGA